AUGCAGCUCUCUGCGAUUCUGAUUGCACUCAUGGCUGGGGCCGCCAUGGCAGCCCCGGUUAGGGAAAACUCGCUCCAGGAGCGGGGAGCGGGCGCUGUUCUGGAUAAAGUGGAAGUUAUGGAACAGGGCCAUAUUGAGCUAAAUGAUAGAGUUGUAGAGCGGGGGGUUGCUGUUCUGCCCGAGGACAGAAUUGCAGCGCGAGUAGGGCUAUUCGAGACUGAUACACUGUGA